UCUUAGUAAGCAACGUGGAUGUUGAAAUUCAGCAAAAACAUCUGAAAUGUGUGGUAACAUACGCCGGUUCAGACAUGAAUGUAUUAGUUGAUAUUUUUUGUAUUAAUUAUUUCGAUUAAUAUUCACAAUGGAAGACGUCCACCCGUAUGUGGAUGCUCUAAAAAUCGUCGUGAUAUGUACGCUGUGGUACGCUAGCAGCACCAGCGACAACAUCAUCGGUAAAAUCGUCCUGACAGAUUUCCCAUAUCCAAUGACAGUUACCAUGGUUCAGCUGGCUACGGCAGCGACACUGCUGGGACCCAUUGUCAAAUGUAUGAGAGUUCCAAGAUUGACAGAAAUGCCAAGGCAGUAUUAUGCUACAAUGAUUGUUCCAUUAGCAGUGGGAAAGUUUUUGUCUUCCGUGUCAUCGUAUGUAAGCAUCUGGAAAAGUUCUGUGUCAUACGCUCAUACAGUCAAAGCAACUUUGCCAAUAUUUACUGUGAUAUUAUCAAGAAUAAUUAUGGGUGAAAAACAAACUCUAACAAUAUAUGUCACAUUACUGCCAAUAAUAGGGGGUGUUCUUGUUGCCACAAUGACUGAGUUAUCAUUUGACUAUGUAGGAUUAUUCAGUGCCUUGUUUGCAACACUUUGUUUUUCUUUACAAACCAUUUUUUCAAAAAAGUGUCUCAAGGAUACAGGUCUGCACCACAUGCGACUUCUCAUUUUGAUCACUCGCAUAUCAACGGUGUGUUUUCUUCCAGUCUGGCUUAUAUUUGACCUCAGGAGAAUUGUACACAAUGAAGAGUUUAUGCUUGGAGACGGAAAACUUCGCAUUAUUUUCCUGCUGAUGUGUGAUGGUUUGUUUAACAUGCUGCACAACAUCUUUGCGUUCACGCUACUCUCCAUGGUGACAGCACUGAGCUAUGCUGUUGCCAACGCAACGAAGCGAAUUGUGAUAAUCAGCAGUUCCUUGAUGCUGCUACGUAACCCGGUGUCUCCUGUCAACAUACUAGGCAUGCUGACCGCCAUAUUCGGGGUUCUCUUGUACAACAAGGCCAGAUAUGACCAGCAUGUUGCCCGUAGAAAAGAAGCCAUUCUACCGCGAGUGAAGAGUGACGCCUCUUUGUACGAACACGUGCCGAGUUUAAAGCACUCGAAGACGGAGAUCGAUCUGAAUGGACUGUCACAGCACAACGGACACAUUCUCCUCCGUGAGUGGUACGACACGGACAUCGUCACUAUAAUCCCAGUGACAGACCACACCCCACAACAAGCCCAGACUCAGCUGGCCAGCCACAGUAACAACAGUGCUCAUCUCCACGCAAGAACGGUGCAUCAUGUCUAAUUUUACUUUUACUAGGUAUAAUUUUAGAGACAGAACAAAUGUGAAUUUAAUGGACAUGGAAGUGUGUACAUAAGUCGGAGUUCCUAAAACUCACAUGGAGGUUAUGUCUGUGUUGAAAAUGAUUGCCUGAAGUAUGAUUGUUUGAGGGAUCGAUCUCCUGCAAUGGACCAAUCUCUCUCUCUCUCUCCCCCCCCCCCCCCCCCCUCCACAUGCUACAUGACUUGUAUAUCAAUACAUGAUUUGUGCUGUUCUGCGGGGAAAAUUUCAUCUAGUGGAUCCUUUGGUGAUUCAGCAAACCUGUUUCAUUAUGAAUUAUUAUAAAAUAUGUGUGGAUGCACUCUGUCUUUUAAAGUAAUAUACUGAUGGAAAUAAUUAAAGGAACACAUAGUCCAAGCAAAUAUUGAGUGCAAUCAAAGCCCUCACCACAGGUUGUCCGUAACUGGGUUAACUUACUGACGUCCGGCAGUGAAGGUUGCAGUUGCAGUCUUUCUGGGAUCCCUAAUUUCAUUCCAUCAGUAUAUUUUGAACAAUUUGAAUAACAUAGAAAAUAACUAGUAAUAUAUAACUGGACAUUUUCUUGAGUUUUUAUUUUGUUGGUUUUCGAGGGUAAGUGGGCAGCCUUGAAAAUAUCUGAAAAUAUCAACAUAAACAACAUUCAUUGUGAUCACCAUAAUAAACUCAAACUUUUCCUAAAUAUUUUUAGUCCUGAAACCACGAACAUUUUAGGCCACAAAAAUGUCCUAUUAUAAGGUACUCCUUUGAGGUAUUAUCAAUUGUGGAUUGCUGUAAAUUCUUUUGAGCAGCAUUCAAUUUGAGAAAAAUAAUGCCCCAAUCUUAAUGCACUUACUGGUUAUAUUAUUAGUCCUUACUGGUCGAACCAAGGCAGCGAGGGGAUUAUAGGUUCUGUAGCCGUCUCUUGUCUGUCCAUCCAUUUGUCCUAUAUACAAUUUCUGGACUUUUUUAUUUGCAAUUCCAUAAUAUAUUGAGUUUGCAUUUUGUGUUUAACUUUAUUAUGUAGAGUUACAGAACAAAUUUGACUUCCAUGGCAAUUUGUCCAUUUUAGACAGUUAUGGCCUUAAAUUUAGGAGAUACAAAACAUUAUUGUGCCUGAUAAGGAAUAUGUAUUGCUUUAUGUGUACUGUCAGAAUGCUAGUUUACCCUGCAGCGGAACAUACUUUGGUACAGUCUAAAGCACAUGCAUUUAAGUGUGAUAAUUUACUUAUUAUAUAUUAUAUGAAGUAUGGUUUUAUUUCCUAUACAAUCUUAUGUUGAUACAAAUUAGUAAGGUAAUUUGAUGUCAGUGUUGUUGAUAACAUUUAAUACGGUCAAUUAAAAAAAAUUUGAAGUACUAACAGAACUUAGCAUCCAUAGUAAAUAUCAUAGAUCUCUUUUACUAUAGAAUAGAACUUAGCAUCCAUAGUAAAUAUCAUAGAUCUCUUUUACUAUAGAAUAGAACUUAGCAUCCAUAGUAAAUAUCAUAGAUCUCUUUUACUAUAGAAUAGAACACGGAAGGAAGGAAAUGUUUUAUUUAACAAUGCACUCAACACAUUUUAUUUACGGUUAUAUUGCGUCGGACAUAUGGUUAAGGACUACACAGAUAUUGACAGAGGAAACCCGCUGUCGCCACUUCAUAGGCAAAAUAGAACAAAAACUAACCACAAUGUACAGUGGACUGUUGUCUAGCUGGAUUUAAUGGGAGCUGAUGAAAUACGCCAUUGUACACAGAUUGUCAGAUUGGAUACAAGUUGGGCGAGACGUAGCCCAGUAGUAAAACACUUGGCUGAUGCGUGGUCAGUCUGUAGUGGCAGAGUUCGACUAAUCCACUAGGACAUGAUCCCGGCUAUACUAGUGGGUUUUUGGUGUGGGCUGGUGUAAAUAUUCAUCUGUAUUACUAUAAGACAUAGGGCACUAGCCAAAGCUUCUGUGAGGGCUGGUGUAAAUAUUCAUCUGUAUUACUAUAAGACAUAGGGCACUAGCCAAAGCUUCUGUGUGGGCUGGUGUAAAUAUUCAUCUGUAUUACUAUAAGACAUAGGGCACUAGCCAAAGCUUCUGUGAGGGCUACUGAUGUUCUCAAACUUUUGUCAAACACUGGUAGUGGUUAGCCACUGGACUUAAGACUGGUAACUACUGGGUUCGCAUCCCAGUACCGGCUCCCACCCAGAGUACGUUUGACGACUCUAUGGGUAGGUAUAUGACCACUACACUGACUCUCUCUCACUAACCACUAACCCACUGUACUGGACAGACAACUUAGAUAGCUGAGCUGUGUGCGUAGGACAGCGGGCUUUAUCCUUAAUUAGAUAUAAGCACGGAAAUAAGUACAAACAAACAACAGUACCUUAUUUGUUUUAUUAUUUGAUAUUCUCAGAAUACAUUGAUGACAUCAUUUUCACAAACCACAAUCACUUUCUUACAGUUAACUAUAGUGAUGUCACAACAAUGUUAUAUGUCACAUAACACAAAGACCGGGUCAAAUAUAUUUAUAUAGUAAUUAAAGUUGUAUUUAACUUUACAUGUUAUUUUCAAAGUUGUAUUUAACUAGCAUCAAGUCACAAUGUAUGUAAUGUAAUAAUAAACCACAAGUUUAUAAAAGCAUAUGGUCACAGGCCUAUUUGAAUGAGUGUAGGGGUCUAAGAGUACUGGCCUCAGUGGUGUAGUCGUUAAGCUAUCAGAUAUAAGGUUGGUAGGUACUGAGUUCGCAGGGCUCAAACUUAAGAAUCUAUCUGACUGAAAGGUUAUUUUUCUGUAUGUAUUGUACAUGUACUACGAUGUUCUUCAAUUUAUGUCAAUAAACUUCAAUAAACAAGAAUUUAUUAUAAAUGAAAUCAUGGUCUACUAGCAUAAGCUAACAUUUAACGGAACCUGGUGUUUCUGAGACAAAGUUGCGACCAAUUAUGACCAAUUAAAUCUGCCACUGAGAUUAAAUUAUCACACACGAGUUAGUGGACAUAAAGAACAGAAUGACCGUUCUGAUCACGUGACAAAUUUGGCACCAAAUAAGUCAUUUUUUAAAGCGGAGAUUGUCAAAAUGAUAAAAAUAAAAUGUUUUUGUUGCUAAAAUAUAAUAUAACUGUUAUUGUGUGUAUCAAACAUACAAAUGGAUACUGGUAUGGGAUACAACAUAGGCUGUUAAAAAAUAGUGUUAAAUUAUGUUACGGUAACUUCUGGAAGCUACAGUACUGAAGUUUUUCGUCAGUUGCGCUUUCGUACACAAUGCGGCUUGUUUCCUUUAUGUCCAUCAAUUUAUUUCAAUGUGGAAAAAAGUGUGCAUUUUGAAAUAGCAGACCUGGGUGCUGUAAAUUAUAAUAAGAUGCCGAAAAAUAAAGAGGGGUGCAGAAAAACAAAUGGGGCUGCCAAACGUGACACCCCCAGCCGACGGCAGUUUAUAUGUCACCGACGGCAAUUGCCGUCGUUGCUGCCAUCAAGUUCGAGCCCUGGGUUCGCCUCCCGGUACCAGCUCCCACUUGGUGAGUAGGUGUAAGGCCACUACACUGACUUCUUUCUCUCUAACCACUAACAACUAACCCACUGUCCUGGACAGACAGCUCCCACUUGGUGAGUAGGUGUAAGGCCACUACACCGACUUCUUUCUCUCUAACCACUAACAACUAACCCACUGUCCUGGACAGACAGCUCCCACUUGGUGAGUAUGUGAAAAACCACUACACCGACUUCUUUCUCUCUAACCACUAAUAACUAACCCACUGUCCUGGACAGACAGCUCCCACUUGGUGAGUAGGUGUAAGACCACUACACCGACUUCUUUCUCUCUAACCAC